CCAACACGCAAAAGUCUCUCUGGAGGGUAUAGGCCCGCUUCUCUUUGAAAGGCAGCAUCCCUGGCUGCUGUAAAACCUUACCCGACCGCUGUGCAAAGUGGGCGUUGUUUGGCGCGGUCCUUCGUCCGCGAUCCGAUCGUUUCAAUUUCCGCUAUUAGCGGGAUUUCGCGUCCGGCCACACGCACUCUCACGACGCCAACGCGAACGCACAUGCGGUUGCGCUCCGCAGAUAUAAAAGCACAACUUUGCAAAGAAGCACCUACUUUUCCAAAGGUCUGACUGAAUUCUCAAGCGGUCGAAAUGCUGGCAAUUCGCAAGUUGAUCAACAAACCAAAGCUGACAGACGGUCACCCGCUGGCGUGUUUUACUACUGCGACGAGGCGGUGAAUCACCAGAUGCAGGAGCUGAACUACCUCAUGAAGACUACACCGGACAAUCUGGACCGCCGGGCGACACUCAUCCGACAGCUGAAGGAGGCGCAGCACAACCUCAUGAACGUCAUCUUCGCGGUGACGCGAGACGCGGUCCCCGAGCAUCACACCUGCAGAGACUUCAGAGCCAAAUACCCAGACGACGUUCUAGUGGAUCAGAUCAACGGUCCCCUGUGGUUUGGAGCAGAGUGUAUAGCUGCAGGGUCACACAUUCUCAAUCACGAACUGGAGUCGGAGCAACUGCGGCCAUUUGCUGUCCAACUCUCCAAGACCAUCAGUAGAGUGAGAGCAGCACUCAAGGAGCAGUGUCUCACCAACAGACAAGUCUACAGCCAGAAGCUCAAGGACAUGCUGAUAGAGUUUGAUGUCAUGUGGGCAGACUUUGAGUUUCGGUAUGUAGGGUUAAUGUGCAGCGUGAAAUCAGAGAGACAGUACUACCAUCAACAAGACGUCAUUGUCCUAUUCUGCGAGUCCACACUCAGGGCUCUCAAGAACGAGUACAUAGACAGCGACAUGAUCGAGAUGAUGGACCCUUCCAUCAUGUUUGCCAUUCCACGACUGGCCAUCGUGUGUGGACUGGUGGUAUGUCCGGACGGCCCUAUCAAUCCCUCGCAACCCACCAAAGAGCUUCCUCCCUUCUUCCGAGGCUACCAGACUCUGCUCGGCAGAAUCAAGGAGCUGCUUGGCUACCUCACAGAUGAACAACUGGUGAUUCUCGAGAAAGCUCUGUGUAGUUCUGAGGGACUCGGCUCUCUUGCCCUAACCCCACCCAGCUCCCUCGCCCCUGGCCGAGCCUCCUCACGUCCACUGAGCAACCCCUCACAUCUCUCUCCUCUCACUCCCAGCACCACUUCUUUAGCCGCUUCCUCCUCGCCCACGACCCCGCAGUCGAACCCUGUGACCCCCAACCCUCCACGGAGAGACAUUCCCUCUUCCCAGGGAUCGCCUCAGGUCUCGCGGCCGUCAUCACAUCAGCGGAGCCGAUCCCUCGGGUCAAAUGACCUGGCUGACCAAGCCCACCUUGAGACUGCUGCGGUGGGGGAGCAAACAGGGCUGGAUCUCCCCGCCAGCUCCCAACUCUCCCUCACAAUGCGGAGAAGAUGCUGCUAACACUCUUCACACGCCAUCGCUGCAAGAUGCUGCAGCUGUUGGUACCGAGAUGACGUCGACAUGUGAAGCUGGGUCUCUAGCUAUUGGAAGAGAGGGAGAACAGUUUCCUCAGUUUGAGCCCGAUCAGCCCAUCGUCAACGAGCUCCCCAUGGCCACACCUAUCAUCUCCCCACCGCUCCUCCUGACAACAGCUACCGAGGACGACAAGAACCCUCUGGUGUCGGCAACGACAGUCAGACAACAGCAGCGGCAGUCGCGCAGUUGUCGAGGGCCCGGGGGUGCGGGAAGACGCGGCGGCCAACAGCAGCGGAGCCGCGGGCCGGCAGGGUUUGCCAGUGCCGAGGACCUCAUGCACAGGCUGUUUGUGGCCAUCUCUGGAGUCGCAGACCAGCUGCAGACAAACCACGCCAGGGACCUCAGGGUCAUUCUCAAGCACGUCUUUGCCGUGUGUCUCAGCGAGCCCGAAGAGGAGCCACCUGAGUCAUCGGCCAGCGACAAGACGGAUGGAGAGGAAGACAGGAAUAUCUUCAUGCAGUCCAGCUCCAACCUUUCUGACGCAGAGGGUCUGGGUUUUGGAGCGAGUGGCUCCCCCAGCUCGUCCAGCAACUGGGUGCCCGACUCAGACUGCCUCAACUGCGCGGCCUGCAGUGAACCCUUCUCCUGGAGGAAGAGGAGACACCACUGCCGCACCUGUGGCCAGGUGGUGUGUGGACGAUGCUCCCCUCAUUCGCUGCCAGUCAACCUGGCACCUGGCGGGUCGUCACGGCAACCCAGAAAGACAACGUGAGGGUACAAAGAAUGCUAAUCAGACUCAAAAAGAAAAAACAACAAAAAAUGCUGUGCACCUCCGUCAGCUGGGCGUGGCCGCUCGCAGCUCCGUCGCAAGCCACACCCCUUCUCCGGCCCCCCGCGCCACAGAAGUAAUGUAGGGUGAAGCACCGCAAAGACAUCCAAACAACCCUCAGAGCCAUAUUAUUAUAAUUAUCGUCAGGACAAAUCGUCACUUCUUUUUUUAAUCGCUCUACCUCCUUACUGUACGUGUGCAUAUAGUCUUCCACAAUCCGUGUUGUUGUUGUUGUUGUUGUUGUGUGUGUCACAGAGUCAUAGAUACAUAAUAUUACAGUUAAACUGUCACAUCACAGUGUUACACUUGCAAACACCCUCCUCACAUUCCAAACAUUCCAAACAUUAUGUAUGUAUGUAUGUAUGUAUGUAUACAUACAAACACGGGUCACCCAGCAGAGCACACAGAUUAUUAUAGAUGAUGUACACAUCACUGGCUAAUAUCGUUGUUAUUCAACUUUAAUAUGAGAUAAUGGUGUUUAUUGCCGUAAUCAGCUAUCGCUCAGGUGGAAAAAUGGUACUUGAACAUGCUAUUGGCAAGCAAAUAACUU